GCGAACGCUGGGUCCCCGCCGGUCUGCGGUCCCCGCGCGCAGCCGCCGCCGCCGCCGCCGCCUCCUCCCGAGUGGGCUCAGCCCGGCGCGGCCGGCGGCUGGGGCGAUGUGAGCCGGGGCCCGCGGGCGCGGCCGGACCGCCGCGAUGUGGCUCAAGCCCGAGGAGGUGCUGCUGAAGAACGCCCUGAAGCUCUGGGUGACCCAGAAGAGCAGCUGCUACUUCAUCCUGCAGCGGCGCCGCGGGCACGGCGAGGGGGGCGGCCGCCUCACCGGUCGCCUGGUGGGUGCUCUGGAUGCAGUGUUGGAUUCCAAUGCACGGGUCGCUCCGUUUCGAAUUCUGCUUCAAGUACCUGGGUCCCAGGUUUAUUCUCCCAUAGCAUGUGGUGAGUUACUGAAUGGAUCAGACGUUUACUGGGCCGUAGCCACUGGUGCAACGUUAGAGGAAAUAAACCAGCACUGGGACUGGCUGGAGCAAAAUCUCCUGCACACUUUGUCUGUCUUUGAUAACAAAGACGACAUUGCCAGUUUUGUCAAAGGGAAGGUAAAGGCUCUGAUUGCCGAGGAGACGAGCAGCAGGCUGGCCGAGCAGGAAGAGGAGCCCGAGAAGUUCCGAGAAGCCCUGGUGAAGUUCGAGGCCAGGUUCAACUUCCCCGAGGCGGAGAAGCUGGUCACCUACUACUCGUGCUGCUGCUGGAAGGGCAGGGUGCCCCGCCAGGGCUGGCUGUACCUGAGCAUCAAUCACCUCAGCUUCUACUCCUUCUUCCUGGGCAAGGAGCUUAAACUUGUAGUCCCUUGGGUUGAUAUCCAAAAAUUAGAAAGAACAUCCAAUGUCUUUCUAACGGAUACCAUCCGAAUCACCACGCAGAAUAAGGAGCGUGACUUCUCCAUGUUUCUGAACCUGGAUGAAGUGUUUAAGAUCAUGGAGCAGCUGGCAGACGUGACCCUCCGAAGGCUGCUGGAUAAUGAGGUCUUUGACCUGGACCCAGAUCUGCAGGAGCCGAGCCAGAUCACCAAGAGGGACCUUGAAGCCAGGGCGCAGAAUGAGUUCUUCCGGGCCUUCUUCAGGCUGCCGAGGAAAGAGAAGCUGCACGCGGUCGUCGACUGCUCCCUCUGGACGCCGUUCAGUCGCUGUCACACCGUGGGGCGGAUGUUUACCUCUGACAGCUACAUCUGCUUUGCCAGCAGAGAGGACGGCUGCUGUAACGUCGUCCUGCCGCUUAGAGAGGUGGUGAGCAUUGAGAAGAUGGAGGACACGAGUCUGCUGCCCAACCCCAUCAUCGUCAGCAUCCGGAGCAAGAUGGCUUUCCAGUUCAUCGAGCUCAAGGACAGAGACAGCUUGGUGGAGAGUCUGCUGGGGAGGCUGAGGAAGAUCCAUGCUGACCACCCCGUGCGUUAUGACACCUCCACGAGUGAGGACAUGACUUCACCUGUGUUUCAUUCGACAAGCAUGUGCAGUGAGCAUAAGUUUGAGGAUCUUGAAAUGGUGUCUUCUCAAAAUAGCGAGGACAGUGAAAGAGAGAAGAGCCCGCUGCUGCGCCCCGAGGCCCUGGUCGCUGUCUUCCAGCAGUCGGGCGGCCAGAGCCCCGACUCCCGAAUGUCGCGAGAACAGAUAAAAAUAAGUCUGUGGAAUGACCACUUUGUGGAAUAUGGCAGAACCGUGUGUAUGUUUCGCACAGAGAAGAUCCGGAAGCUCGUCGCCAUGGGGAUCCCUGAAUCUUUACGUGGAAGACUAUGGCUCCUUUUCUCAGACGCUAUGACAGAUCUGGCCGCGCACCCCGGGUACUACGGGAAGCUGGUGGAGGAGUCGCUGGGCAAGUGCUGCCUGGUGACGGGGGAGAUCGAGCGUGACCUGCACCGCUCCUUGCCGGAGCACCCUGCCUUCCAGAACGAGACGGGCAUCGCUGCUCUCAGGAGAGUCCUGACAGCCUACGCCCACCGGAACCCCAAGAUCGGCUACUGCCAGUCCAUGAACAUCCUGACCUCCGUGUUGCUGCUGUACGCCAGGGAGGAGGAAGCCUUUUGGCUGCUGGUUGCUGUGUGUGAGCGGAUGCUGCCCGACUACUUCAACCACCGUGUGAUUGGGGCUCAAGUGGACCAGUCUGUCUUUGAGGAGCUCAUCAGGGAGCACCUCCCAGAGCUGGCAGAGCACAUGAACGACCUCUCAGCCCUGGCGUCCAUUUCUCUCUCAUGGUUCCUGACUCUGUUCCUCAGCAUCAUGCCUCUGGAGAGUGCAGUGAAUGUUGUAGAUUGCUUCUUCUACGAUGGAAUCAAAGCCAUCUUCCAGCUGGGGCUGGCUGUGCUUGAAGCCAAUGCCGAAGACCUGUGCAGCAGCAAGGACGAUGGCCAGGCCUUGAUGGUCCUCAGCAGGUUUCUAGAUCACAUUAAGAAUGAGGAGAGUCCGGGGCCCACCGGUGGCAGCCACCAUGCCUUUUUCUCCGACGACCAGGAGCCUUACCCUGUGACUGACAUUGCCGACCUGAUCCGGGACUCCUACGAGAAAUUUGGAGACCAGUCUGUGGAGCAGAUUGAGCACCUGCGCUGUAAGCACAGGAUCAGGGUCCUCCAAGGCCACGAGGACACCACAAAGCAAAACGUGCUUCGCGUUGUUAUCCCAGAAGUCUCCAUUCUUCCUGAAGACCUGGAGGAACUCUAUGACUUAUUCAAGAGAGAGCACCUGCUGAGCUGCUACUGGGAGCCACCAUGCCCGCUUUCCCCGCGCCAUGACCCAGGCAGGCCCUACGCCGAGCAGUACCGCAUAGACGGCCGGCAGUUCGCGCGCCUGUUCCAGCUGGUCUCGCCGUGGACCUGCGGGGCCCACACCGACAUCCUGGCCGAAAGGACCUUCAGGCUCCUGGAUGACAACAUGGACCAGCUCAUCGAGUUCAGAGCCUUUGUGAGCUGCCUAGAUAUUAUGUAUAAUGGAGAAAUGAACGAGAAAAUUAAACUGUUGUACAGGCUUCACAUUCCUCCAGCACUCACUGAAAAUGACCGAGACAGCCAAUCACCAUUAAAGAAUCCUCUGUUGUCGACGUCAAGACCCCUGGUUUUUGGGAAGUCCAAUGGUGAUGCAAUUGAUUAUCAGAAACAGCUGAAGCAGAUGAUUAAAGAUUUAGCCAAAGAAAAAGAUAAAGCUGAGAAAGAGUUACCAAAAAUGAGCCAGAGAGAAUUUAUCCAGUUCUGUAAAACUUUGUACAGUAUGUUCCAUGAAGAUCCAGAAGAAAACAAUUUGUAUCAAGCCAUCGCCACAGUCACCACCCUGCUGCUACAGAUCGGGGAAGUGGGGCAGCGCAGCAGCAGCUCAGGGAGCUGCUCCCAGGAGUGUGGGGAGGGGCUGCAGGCUUCAGCCCCUUCUCCUGAGCAGGACUCGGUUUUUACAGACACCAGGAAGACUCCCCAGGACUCCCAGGCAUUUCCUGAGGAGGCAGAAGGGGACUGGACUGUCUCCCUUGAACAUAUUUUAGCAUCACUUCUGACUGAACAGUCACUAGUAAACUUUUUUGAAAAGCCACUAGACAUUAAACCCAAACUUGAAAAUGCCAAGAUCAAUCAGUACAGUCUCAAAACUUCUGAAGUGAGCCACCAAUCACAGCCUGAACUCAAGCUGAGUAACCUGUAGCAAGAUAGUAGUUUGCUGUGGAGUACAAUGGAGUAUGCCGUACCAAAGCACACACCACUGUUUCUUGGGUUGUCAGCCCAUAGCCCAGAUUUCAGUCGAAUUCAUUUUGAGUACACUUUACAGGCCGAGUGUCUUAGAGAAGCAACUUGACAGAACCAUGGCCAGAGGAAUUGAUGCAACCCUCAAGCAUUUCUAUUUACUCAAGAGAAUUGUCAGUUGGACAUUGUCAGUGCCAUGGAUGUCCAUCAGUUCCCUUGCCACUGUGACAUGCAAUUUCACUUUAUCAGAUUUGUUGAAAACGGGCCUUCUGCUGUGAUGCUGGUUUGAUUUUGUUCUCAGAUGAGACACAAGUUGGAUGUGUUGCUGAGACAAAAGCCCCAAGCACUCAUUUUUUUACUUGGAAUGGUAAUGGGAGAGGGUCAAGAAUCAAGUUCAGUUUCAAGAUCUAAGCCACUACCUGUGCAAUUGUAUUUGGCUUUUUUUGCACUAAUUUUGUUUCAAUGCUGGUAAUUGAAACCAUUUUAAUAUAUUUGGUUGUAUUCGCUUUGUAUGUCCCUCCAAAAAUGUUGUGUACAAACCAUGCUUUCAAUGUUGGCCUCCACGUUUUUUAAUAAGAAACUUUUUUUGUA